AUGCCGCCGCUGCCACGGCCUUCCCCUGUCCUCCCCCGCAUCAUCACCUACCACCAGACGCACCAUGACGCGAAUACCGGCAAGCUCGUCUCCCUCCUUCCCCUGCUCACCGAGCCGUCCAUCUCGGUGACGCACGUCAUCCUCGCGGCCAUCCACCUCAACCUGGAUCCGCGCGCCAUCACUCUCAACGACCACCACCCCUCUGACGGCCGCUUCGACACCCUCUGGGCCGAGAUCCGCAUCCUCCAGGCUUCGGCCGUAAAGGUCAUGGGCAUGCUCGGGGGCGCCGCUCGUGGCAGCUUCGAGCGCCUCGACGGCUCCGACGUACAGUUUGAGCUGUACUACACCCCCCUGCGCGACAUGAUCCGCGAUCACGCCCUCGACGGGCUCGACCUCGACGUCGAGGAGCCCAUGAGUCUCGCGGGCAUCAUUCGGCUCAUCGACCGAUUGAGGUCCGAUUUCGGACCUGACUUCGUCAUCACCCUUGCCCCCGUCGCCAUGGCCCUUCUCGACUCCGAAAGGAACCUGAGCGGUUUCGACUACGAGGCCCUCGAGGUCCUCCGCGGCCGGGAGAUUUCUUGGUACAACACGCAGUUCUACUGCGGCUGGGGCGACCUCACCGACAGCUCCAUGUACCACCAGAUGCUGCAGAAGGGUUGGCCGCCGGAGAAGGUCGUCAUAGGCCUCGUCACGAAUCCUGCCAAUGGGGCCGGCUUCGUGCCCUGGCUCAUGCUCUCCGAUGUCCUCUCCUCUUUGAAGCGGCACCACCAGCAAUUUGCCGGUGUCAUGGGUUGGGAGUACUUCAACAGCCUGCCGGGGGACGCAGAACGACCGUGGGAAUGGGCCAGGGAGAUGACCUUGCUGCUCAGAAGUCGCACAAACGGGGAAUGUCUUGCGCCGUUCCCUCCGCUACCCGCUGGCAACCCAGUGCAACGCCCUCUUGAAGGGCCAUCCACGCCCGUCCCUGCCGCUCCCGUAGACGCAGAGGCGACCAAGGUGCACGUCGCCGAGGCUGAUCCGGACGAGGUCAACGGCGUGGCCUUGGUUGUGCCGUCGCAAUUCGACUACUAUUCCGAUGGGCUCGAUGACAGCGCGUAG